UAGAAGCUGAGGCUUUACAUCUAUUAUUGUGUUUGAUUUGUAUUGGCAGCGUUUUGUUUAGUUUUUAUUAGUUUGAAUAUUUUUGAAAUAUCUUGGUAGAAAUAUUUGAAACAUAUUUCGCUUGAAGAAUGAACGGAAAUAUAUCAAAGACGACUAGCUCGACCAGCAGCAGCAGUAUGCUCUACGGCUCCAGCAUAUCUGCCGAAUCCAUUAAGGUGAUAGCGGAGAGCAUCGGUGUGGGCUCACUCUCGGAUGACGGUGCCAAGGAACUGGCCGAGGAUGUGUCGACUAAGUUGAAACGCAUAGUGCAAGAUGCCGCAAAGUUUAUGAUGCAUGCCAAGAGGCAUAAGUUGUCCGUGCGGGAUAUAGAUAUGGCUCUCAAAGUGCGAAAUGUGGAACCGCAAUAUGGAUUUGUGGCCAAGGAUUUUGUGCCAUUUCGCUUUGCUUCCGGCGGUGGCCGGGAAUUGCACUUUACCGAGGAUAAGGAGAUUGAUCUUAGCGAGCUCACUUCGAAUAGCUCAUUAAAAAUACCACUGGAUCUUACAUUACGAUCGCAUUGGUUUGUGGUUGAGGGCAUUCAACCUACAGUGCCAGAGAAUCCUCCGCCAUUGUCCAAGGACUCACAGUUUAUGGAUUCUGUUAAUCCAGUUAUUAAACUUGAUCAGGGCUUAAAUAAAGAUGCUGCCGGCAAACCAACCACUGGCAAGAUGCAUAAACUCAAGAAUGUGGAGACUAUACAUGUGAAGCAGCUGGCAACCCAUGAGUUGUCUGUGGAACAGCAAUUGUAUUACAAAGAAAUCACCGAGGCUUGUGUUGGCUCCGAUGAGCCAAGACGUGGCGAGGCAUUGCAAUCAUUGGGCUCUGAUCCCGGCCUGCACGAAAUGUUACCCAGAAUGUGUACAUUCAUAGCCGAGGGAGUCAAGGUCAAUGUGGUGCAAAAUAAUUUGGCCCUUCUCAUCUAUUUGAUGCGUAUGGUUAGAGCUCUGCUCGACAAUCCCUCGCUGUUCCUCGAGAAAUAUUUGCAUGAACUUAUACCUUCGGUGAUGACUUGCAUAGUGUCAAAGCAAUUGUGCAUGCGACCAGAGUUGGACAAUCACUGGGCUCUUCGAGAUUUCGCCUCACGUUUAAUGGCUCAGAUCUGUAAGACUUUCAACACCUUGACCAAUAAUCUGCAAACCCGUGUGACCCGAAUCUUUAGCAAAGCCUUACAGAAUGAUAAGACCCAUCUAUCGUCUCUGUAUGGCUCCAUAGCUGGCCUGUCCGAGCUGGGCGGCGAGGUGAUCAAAGUGUUUAUCAUUCCUCGUCUAAAAUUCAUUUCGGAACGCAUCGAGCCCCAUUUACUGGGCUCUUCCAUUAGUAAUACGGACAAAACUGCCGCCGGGCACAUUCGAGCCAUGCUUCAAAAGUGCUGCCCACCCAUACUUAAACAAAUGCGUUCGCCACCAGAUACGGCAGAGGAAUAUAAAGUUGACUUUGGAUUCCUUGGUCCCUCGCUGUGUCAAGCUGUAGUUAAAGUACGCAAUUCUCCAGCUAGUAGCAUAGUAACCUCAAGCAGCAUUAGUACGGCACCCAUAACAAGUGCCGCCCAAACAGCCACCACAAUUGGACGCGUAACUAUGCCCAGCUCCAAUUUACAAAGACAAGGAAGUCCUGUUGUUUCUGCCCUACCGCAAAUACGCGCCAUCCAAGCGCAACAACCAAACCAGAAGUUUGUUAUCGUCACCCAGCAAUCCGCGCAGCAAACUAAAGUGGUACGUCGCGGCAGUUCUCCGCAUACCCCAACUACCAAUGGAAGCGGAAAUGGUGCCAAUUCAAGUUCUUCAUCAUCGAACUCACAAAGCCAGAUAAAUAGCAAUUUGCUAGCUGCCGCUGCUGCCUCUUCUACUGCCUCCGCAUCGACUGCCUCGUCAUCUUCUAGGAACAAUGACAAUAUUUCUAUACUUUCAGAACACCACCACCCUGGAUCCAAAUUCUCUGAUCAUUGAGACGGAAAUCGUACGGGCCCCUCCCGAACUGGAUGACCUCAGCCAUUUGGAGUAGCUUGUAAUUUAAGUUUUAAGUUUAGUUUUCCCUAUCGAAUAAACAAAUAUGAGUGUGUAUAUAAAA